CCUAAUAAAUUCAGAUCACUCACUCCCAAGAUAAGAGUGGAAUUUCCACACCCCCUGCACGGUACCCCUGCAGUAUCAAAUUACUAUUUGCUGCAGCCACCUCGAAGUCUUCUAGCAACAACAGAUGGUAAAAAGUAACGAAUCUUUCUUCUGCUUCUCAAAAGUCAUCUAAAGUUCUGAAGGAAAACCGACAGUGUCUGAAAGAAUGUCGAAUGUUAACUGUAACUUGUAAUUAACCUGCAAACCUCGUUGUAGCCUAAGCAACGCACGGCAGACCUUCAUUUAACCUCCUGUAAAUCGUAAUUUCUGUGUGGAUACUUAUCAAAGCUUUUAAACAAUGGCUCCUCCAUGCUUUGCUGAUCUUGGAAAACAAGCCAGAGACGUAUUUAACAAAAAUUAUCAUAUCGGUUUAAUAAAAUUAGAAGUUAAAACUAAGACUGCUACUGGAGUGAAUUUCACAGUCAGUGGUACAUCUAAUAAUGACACAGGAAGAGUAAAUGCAUUCCUAGAGACAAAGUACCUGAUAAAAGAUUAUGGAGUUACAAUCAAAGAGAAGUGGAAUACGGACAAUGUACUUUCUACUGAAUUAUCUGUAGAAGACCAAUUUGUUAAAGGUUUGAAACUUACGUUGGACUCCAAUUUUGCACCACAGAGUGGAAAAAAGGCUGGAACCCUUCGCACAGCAUUUAAGAAUGAACAUGUGCAUUUAAAUGGUGAUGUAGAUAUUGACGCUACUGCUCCUCAGUUCCAUGGUGCAGGUGUGAUCAAUUACCAGAACUGGUUAGUUGGUGCUAAAUUCUCUCAUGACUUUAGCAAGAACCAGUUGACAAAAACAAACAUUGGUUUAGGUUAUUCCCUAGGAGACUUUGUAUUCCAUUCAAAUGUAAUUGAUGGACAAGAAUUUGGUGGUUGCAUGUAUCAGAAGGUCAAUGAUAAACUUGAAUCAGGAAUGACCUUGUCAUGGACGGCAGGAACUAAUGAAACUAGAUUUGGUCUUGGUUGCAUAUAUAAGUUAGAUGAAGAUUCAUCUCUUAGGGCUAAAGUAAACAACAGCAGCCAGAUAGGUCUCUCUUUCACUCACAGACUUAGGAAAGGAAUUCAACUGACCUUAUCUGCAUUGCUGGAUGGCAAAAGUUUCAACCAAGGUGGACAUAAGAUUGGUCUUGGCUUGGAACUGGAAGGAUAAUCUAAACAUUAUGAAACAUAUAUUGGAAACAGUAUACAGAUAUUGGUGAAGUUAGAUGGAGUGGCUCUAUUUUUCUCAUCCAAAGUCCUGUAGUUGCAGUUUCAGAAUUGGGGAAUGGGAAUUUUGUUUACUGUGUAGCAUCUAAACAAAAAAUAUAUGUAUAAAAUUUUCAAAUUUUUUGACAUUAUAUAUUUAUGUCAAAAUAUUCUAACUAUAUUUCAGAAAAAUAAAUUCAAUAAAUGAGGUUAAGUUUU